CUCCAUCCUGCAGAUUUCCUGUGUGACUCUCAGCCUCCCUGUUUUGUUCCUUUUACCAGGGCAAGCCACGAUGGUGAGGAAGGUUGCCAGGCCCAUGGUGCUGCCGGCCACAUCCUUCUGUCCAGGCAGCUGUCUAAGCAGUAGCAGCAAGGGAAUGUAGCUGUGUCUGCUGCCCCACCAGUGUGCCUCAACUCUGACCAUUGGAGUCUCAUAUUUGUGGCUUCCAUAAUUUUCAGAUUUCCUCUCAGAAUGUUGCUAGCUGACACUUCUAGUCCAUAGUUCCAAGUCUGAAGGAUCUUUCUGCAUUAAUGCCUGUGGUGGAUCAACCUGGUCUUACAAUUCCUUUUGUUCCUUUUCUAAACCUCAAGUGUUACGCUAGAGAUGUCCUUUCUCAAUUUCAUUAUGUCAGGGAGCCAGGAAUUGGAGUAAUAUGAAGACAACUAAGAAUUAUUUCAAAUUUGGACCAUCUGUGCUUUGCUGGGCCAGGGUAGGUUGGUACCAUGAUACCUGCCCCAUGAUCAGGAUUGCUGUGCUGUAUAGAAGAGCCCAAAUCCUUUGAGCUAUCUCAUUGUGCAGUUGCUCUGUGUCCCUCCAGCUGGCUGCCUUUACAUGAAGAUAGUGCUGUUGACAACACUUUCUGCAGCUGGCAGGUGGAAAAGAUUAUUUCCUCUUCUGCAACUUUCUGUCUCUUCUAAAUUCAGAGGAAGAGGUAAAGCCAGUGUCUUUGGAAUGCCCUGUACUGGAGUAGGAUGAUACCUUCAGCCAUACCACGGUCACUUUAAUCGUGCCUCUUUCACACUAAUGAAUAAUUAACUGCUCUGUGCAUAUGCAGAGGCAUGCUGCUCAUGGGCAUCUGCAGGGUCGUGGUGACCUGCAGAUGACCACAGGGAGCUGCUGACCUCAGCACACAAUCUCUUGGACUUGCUGCCUGUUUAUCUUUUUGGCCACCAGCUGACCCAAGCUAAUGUCUCUGUGACCUGCAUUGGCAACAAGGGAAGGGUGAGUGCUCCCCAGCCUUCUCAAAGCCUGAGUGUGCAAACAGAUUGAGGUGAGCUUUGUGUGAAUGUGCAGCAAGUCAGCUUCCACGCUGCCAUUCUCGCUAGGUAAGUGCAAGGUGACUCACAGGAGAGUGGCAGGCUGUUUUUGUUCCCAAGGGUAACAGCUUUCCUACAGGAAGUUACCAUGAAGAGGCAAACCCUUGUUAGCUGGUUUGCAUGCCCGUCGUUGGCAUUGUAGCUGAAAGCACAAGCCUCAGCACCAGAAAAGCUGGAGAGGGACUUCAGAAGGGCCUGUUGUGAUAGGACAAGGCUUAGAGGUUUUCAACUAGAAGAGGUUUGUUCCAGAUUGGAUAUUGAGAAGAAGUCUUUUAGAAUGAGGGUGGUGAAACACUGGAACAGGUUGCCCCAAGAGGUGGUGGGUGCCCCACCCCUGGAAACACUCAGGGAUCGGUUGGAUGAGGCUCUGAGCAACAUAAUCUGGUUCAAGGUGUCCCUGCUCAUUGCAGGGGCAUUGGACUGGGUGACCUCUAAAGGUCUCUUCCAACCCAAACUAUUGAUUCUAUGAUGCUUUAGAGCCUCUAAGGCCUCUCUACUUUUUACUAUAAAAUUGCUCUGGAUGAUUUUUACUUACGGAUUUUCAGUGGAAAGUUGGCAACAGUUUGCUUGCUAUUAUGUUUCCCUCUCAUUUCAUGCCCCCCUGCAUAUUGCUGCCAUUACCCAUCAAAGCAUCAGGCUGAGUCAGAUGUAGAAAAUGAGAUGAAAAAUGGAGAGUGAUGGAUGGGUGCCAGCCAAAAUGACUUUUUCUAUCCACCCGUCCCCUAAAUCUGUGAUAGCAGCUCAGAGGCUGUGCCUCAUGACUUCAUCCCUCCCUGCUGAGGGGAGAUGGGAACAUCAUUAUCAGCUGCUGCUGAGUCCUGAUUUGGAGCCGGCAGUGAAAAUGUCCUCGGAUGUAGGGCUCCUCCUCCGCCCCAAAGGUGACUUGAAUCUGCUGGGAGGAUGGAGGAAGAGCUGGAGGGGGGAGAUGAGAAGAAAGAGGUGCAAAUUCAACCACGUCUCUAUGAUGAUGUCAUGGCAACAAGGUACACCGAAGUGCUUGUCAGGUGAUCGGGGCAGGCUUUGAACGUCUCCAGCUCUUCUCUGUUGCUGCAGGCUCAUGUCUGACUUGCUGAAAAAUCUUUUGGUUAAUAUUUAAUGGCAGUAUUGAAGUGCUAAGGGUGGCAAAUGCCUCACCCAAGCCCCCUGCCUUUACUUUCCACUGGGAUGCUAAAUCAGGGUGAUGUGGUAGGAUUUUAAGCUUCAGUAUCUGGGAAUGGGACUAACAGUAGGGUGGCUUCAGCCCAUAGGGUCCCUGUGCCUAUCUGACUAAAGGACGUGAGAAGGAAGUUUCUAUCCCCUCCAGCCCAGUUUGGAGCUGGUUUGGGGCACCAGAAGGAGGAGGUCUCCAGGGCUCACUCUGGAAUAAAGAAAUCUGUGGCCCUGCUCCGGGAGCCGAGCCCAGGUCCUCUGAUGCGAUCAUUUAGUACACGGAGUGGGUGUUUUGGUUGGUUGUUUUUUUCCUGAGCCAUGACCUAAUGAUCCCAUGUUCCAGCUACAGCCCCUCCUAGGGGCCUUCUUUCUGAGCCGUGUGUCCGGACUGAAUUCAGCGAACUUCCCGAAGCAAGACGCUGUGUUCCCCCACCCAGGGAAGCCAUCUGCUCCCCUCCACCAGCUCCUUCUGCGGGCCUUCGAGCUCGCCAGCCGGGCUGGGAAGCUGUCCUCCUCCUCGCCUGCCCCGGCUCUCCUCGGCCAUCUUGUUAGCAGAAGGCAGGGAACGCGGGGCUGGCUGAAUCUGGGGCGGUGAUGGUGGCAGCCGGAGGCGGUUUCCAGGCAACUGUCGCGCCGUGGGACACGCGAGCCAAGAACGCCGGGGACGCCGCGUUCCCAGCGCGCCGCCUGGGAGGGGACCGAGACACACGCGGAAGGAGCCCGCACAGGACGGUGCGGGGAGGGCAGCAGAAUAUCCCCUCCUCCCCUCUGAUCCCACUCCCCUGGCUGGGAGUGAGGAUUUGCAAGCUGGCUGCUGGUGCACCACGCGACAAGGAAGGACUAUAUGAUGUAUGGGAUUUCACAUGCCUUCUGCAUCCUUUGGAAGAUCAAAGAGAAAAGAAAUAUUGUGCCAGACUCUGUACCCCAGCCCCCAGACUUUUUGCAGGUGGUCCUGUGCUUCUCUGUCCCUUAUCAAAUACAAAGCUCCACCCCUACAAGUCAUGAACCAUUUUUGUGUACGCAUCCCAGCUCUGUGUCCCUGGGUGUCACCGAAAAAGUGAAUUUCUUGUAAAAGGAAAUGCUCUUCCCUUCCACAAACUGCCAAUCCUGCCCAGCACUUGGUGGGUCCCACUGCUCCUCUGUGCCAAUGCCAAAGGCAGUAUCCCCACUCCUGCCUGCCUGCCUCCCCUACCUGCUUUAGAGGCCCUGGGAGCAUCCCUGCCCAUGAAACUCAGCAGCCUGGUAGCCCCUCCUUACACGGCCUGCCCAGCAUUUUCCCUCGCAGCAAUGUUGAUACUCAUCCCCUUUAUUUUACCUAGUUUGAGUGGUUUUUGAGAGUGGGCUUGAGUACAACUGAUUUUGAAUGGAUGGGGAAGAGUGAUAAAAUUGAUUUGGCCGAGCAAUGGGAAAAAAAAUUCUUCUGGAUUCUGAGAGUACAGCUAUGAUGAACAUGGGGAAUGGGGCUACAUAGUGCUUGGCAGGGUGUGUGCUGCAGAAGGGCAGAACCAUUUUAAUGCCCUGUGUUCAAGGAAAUGUUCUGCAGCCCUGUGCAGGUGGCAGCACAGAGAGACAGGACAGUAGGGGGUCAUCUGCACCCGUUGCUGUCCCUGAGCCAGCCUUGCAGCUAUUGAUUUGGAACUUGCCCUGUUCACUCUAACCUUGGCAGUGCCAGCUUGACCCUUAUCAGCGCUGAUAAACCCCACCACAACCUCCUGUCCCCUCCUGGUGGUGUCACACUGUGAGGUGCCGUGGUGACAGAUCGUUCCUGUCACUCUGCCUUGCACCAGUUGCUCUUUAGUUGCAAUGCUCUAAAUCCAGGAAACCUCUCUCCUAUUUUUGCACGGAGGCUGUAGCCACACCAACAUUUUAAACCUUGUGUGGAUAGCCAUCCCUUGCUGAGCAUUUUGUAUGAGGAAGGAUGCGGUGCCGGCUGCAAACGCUUUUCCAGAGGAAAUUUAAAAUCAGCCUUCUCUUUCUUCUGCUCUUGGCCCUUCUUGUGCACCUGGUGAUGGAUUUUGCUCUCCCCACAGCCCACAGGCCGUGUGGCUGUGAUACAAAAGCACCAAAAGCUGUGGGUGUCCUGUCAGGCAGCCCCAUGCCAGCUGGCCUCAAAAAGCUGAGCCUGCGAAUCCUUCAGGAUUUCAGUGGAAGCAAUGGCUCCUUGGAGAAAAGUUCCCAGCCAUGGAGAGUGGGGCUGCAUGUAAGGGCUGGAGAGCCAGGGGUCCAACAGCAGCACGAAGAGGGGAACGCAGGGUGGACCAAGGGAUCAAAGCUGGCAGCACUCUUCGAGCAUCCUCUUUACAACAUCCCAAUCCCAGAGGUGACAGAGAAAGACAAGCUGUUUAUCGUCAACCCCAUGGAGAAGUUCAGCCUGCACAGCAGCGGGAGUGACGAAUGGGUCAGCAGCAGUAAAGCCGAGACGCUCCUCCCGACAGGGAAGACGGCCUACGACACCUACCCCACCUGGCUCAAAUUCCAUGUCGGCAUCAACCGCUAUGAGCUGUAUCCCCGCCGGGACCCCUUGCUGCCCACGCUCCUCCGGGAUUUGGCCACGCAAAGGAUCGUCAGCUCGGUCCAGAAGUCUGGCGGGACCCAGCUCAAGCUCAUCAUGACGUUCCCGAACUAUGGGCAGGCCCUCUUCAAGCCCAUGAAGCAGACCCGGGACCAGGAGACCCCCAUUGAUUUCUUCUACUUCUCAGACUUUGAGCGGCACAAUGCAGAGAUUGCAGCCUUCCACCUAGACAGGAUCCUGGAUUUCCGGCGAAUCCCCCCAGUUUCUGGUCGUUUGGUCAACAUAACAAAGGAGAUUCGGGAUGUCACCACAGACAAGAAACUGGCCAAGACUUUCUUCAUCUCCCCAGCGGGUAACAUCUGCUUCUAUGGGGAGUGCUCCUACUACUGCUCCACCGAGCACGCCCUCUGCGGCAAACCGGACCGGCUGGAGGGCUCCAUGGCUGCCCUGCUCCCUGACAAGACCCUGGCCAAGCGCCGCUCCUGGCGCAGCCCCUGGCGCCGCUCCUACCACAAGAGCAAGAAGGCUGAGUGGGAGCUGAACCCCAACUACUGCGCUCAGGUGCGAGAGACACCGCCCUACGACAGGGGCCGUCGCCUCCUCGACCUCAUCGACAUGACCAUCCUCGAUUUCCUCAUGGGCAACAUGGACCGGCACCACUACGAGACCUUUGAGAAAUUUGGGAAUGACACUUUCCUGCUCCACCUGGACAACGGUCGUGGCUUCGGCACACACUCGCGUGAUGAACCGUCCAUCCUGGCCCCCCUCCAGCAGUGCUGCAGCAUCAAGAAGUCGACUUACCUGCGGCUGCAGCUGCUGGCCACCCAGCCCUACCGCCUGAGCGACCUGCUGCGGGAGGCGCUGGCCACAGAUCCACUGGCCCCUGUCCUGGCCGAGCCCCACCUGUGGGCACUGGACCGGCGCCUGGGGAAAGUGCUGGCGGCAGUGGGACACUGCCUGGCCAGGGCAGCGCGCCAGGAAGAGGUGCUGGUGGAUGAUGUGGGGUCAUGGGUGUGAUGGGGGGCUGGGAAUCCUGCUGGAUUGGGGUGUUUUGGUGUGCUGCCAAGGAUGAUGUGGGGAUCGAUGUGCAGCUCUGAUUCUGUGUAGCGUCAGCUUUUGAUGGUGCCAGAGCUGGUGGCGUGAUGAACCAGGAAAGCAGGUUGUAAGGAUAGCUGGGACAGGGAGGGAAUUUAAAUAAAAAGGUUGGUCUAGUGGAGAAGA